CAUGGUUGGCAAUUUUUGUUUCGUGUAAGUACAACUUCACUCGUGUUCCUCCAUCUGUCUUUCAAAACUCACUUUUGUUUCGCAAAAAUCUCAACCACAUCACAAUUCUCUGUGUUCCAAUCUUCUUCUUCUUCGAUCAAGAUUUUGAUUUCAAUGGCUUCUCGACGCCGCAUGUUGUUAAAAGUCAUUAUCCUCGGUGAUAGUGGGGUUGGUAAAACAUCAUUGAUGAAUCAGUAUGUGAAUCGGAAGUUUAGUAAUCAGUACAAGGCUACCAUUGGUGCUGAUUUUCUCACCAAGGAAGUUCAAUUUGAAGACAGGUUGUUCACAUUGCAGAUUUGGGAUACUGCUGGUCAAGAGCGGUUUCAGAGUCUUGGUGUGGCUUUCUACCGGGGUGCUGAUUGCUGCGUCCUUGUUUAUGAUGUAAAUGUCAUGAAAUCUUUUGAAAACCUUAACCAUUGGAGAGAAGAAUUUCUCAUUCAGGCUAGUCCAUCUGACCCUGAAAACUUCCCAUUUGUUGUAUUGGGAAACAAAAUAGACGUUGAUGGCGGGAAUAGCAGAGUUGUUUCUGAGAAGAAAGCAAAGGCAUGGUGUGCUUCAAAGGGAAACAUACCAUACUUUGAGACCUCCGCAAAAGAAGGAUUUAAUGUUGAAGCUGCUUUCCAGUGUAUAGCAAAAAAUGCACUCAAGAAUGAACCUGAAGAAGAAAUGUAUCUGCCCGAUACAAUCGAUGUCGGCAAUGGUGGACGACAACAGAGAUCCACAGGCUGUGAAUGUUGAGUAGAGUUCUAUGGACCAGGUUUACCUGUUUGUUUGAUGCCAAACAAUCCUCUUAGUGUUUUUGAGCCACCAACUAUUUUAUUACCAAUGUAAAAUCAAGGACAAAUUGCAUAUUCCAUUUUGUAUCUCAGUAGUGGCUUAGAUGUCCAUCUUGUUUAUUUAUUUUUUCUUUUUAUUUCUCUUGAUCUCAAAUGUUUGUCAAAAUAUUUCUCUGAAUCAGGAAAUGUAUACUUGAAAAUUUAUUGUGUGCUUUUCGGAUUAUUUGAUGUUCCUAGUUUAGCA